AUGGAAGAGCAGAUAGAGGUGAAGAAAAAGGGUAAUUAUAUGACAUUGAAAAAAAAACCGAAGAGGAAAACUAUGAUAGAAAUACAUAUGCUAAUAAUAGAGGACUGUAAGCAAGAAGAGUGGGGAUUAUAUAGAGGAGAAUUUUUAGAAAUUUGCUUGAAUGAGUGGUUAAAAAAUGAAAGACCAAUUGAAGAUGUAGCAGACAAAGAAGUCGUAAUGAAAAAAGAAGAAGAAAGCAGUAAUGUAGCAUUAGAAAAACAAAAGUUAUUAUCGGAGAAAUGGAUAAAAAGACAAAAAAGAAUGUUGGAAAAAUGGAAAAAGGAAGAAUGGUUUAAUAAUUUGAAGGAAGAAUGGAAAAAAGAGGAAAAAAUAGGUAUGAAAACAAUAGACAAAGUAGAAGUCAUGGAUAGAUCAAAUGAGAUAGAAAGAGAAAAAGAAUUAUGGAAACAAUGGAUUGAGAAACAAAAAGAAUUAUUUAUGAGAUAUGACAAGGAAGUGUGGUUUAAUAAGCUGCUAGAGGAAUGUGAGAAGGAAGAAGACCAAUGCGUAAUAAAAGAAAACGAAGAGAACAUAGAAGAAAAAAAAAAAAAUUCAGAUAAGAAGAAAAGAGGAGUAAUAAUAAAGGAAGAAGUAGACAAGAAAACAAAGAAGAAAACUUUAAUAUCUCAUAUAUGCAUAGAGAUACAUAUGGCAGUAUUAGAUCAGUGUAAGAAAGAAGAAUUAGAGUCUAUGAGAAAUGAUUUUCUUAGGUCAUAUAUAGAACAAAAUAAAGAAAAUGAAAGAUUGUGUGAAAAAGAAACAGGAAAUAAAGAAGUGGAUGAAGUAGAAAAAGAGAGACAAAUGAAUUUUAUUAUAGAAAAGAAGAUAAAACAAUGGGAAUGUUGGAAAAAAGAGGAUUGGUAUCAAGAAUUGAAGUUGGAUUGGAAAGAGGAAAUGAAACAUAUAAUAAAAACAACGGAUAAAAUAGAAGAAAUAAUAAAUCCUAUUAUAAAAACGCAAAUGGUUCAGAAAAAAUGGCAAGAAAAACAAAGAAAUAUUUUAAAGAAAUGGAAUAAAUAUAAUAAACUAGAAAAGUCAAUGAAAAAGGGCAAAGAUGAUGAAGAAAUAGAGAUGAAAAUAAUUCAGAUGAUUUAA